UCCGCUAGAAUCAUGAAACUGUACGUGUUGUGCGCCAUAUUAGCCCUGGCGGCCGCCCAGCCGGCGAAGAACGACCUUUGGAAGGGUAGCAGCAUGGACCAAAUGGUGGACCAGACGAAAAUCGAGUGUUCCCAGAAGAACGACGAAGUGUCCUGCAUGAAGUUCAAGGUUCUGAAUCUCCUCGACCAGAUCUUCCGCAAAGACAGCUUCAAGGUCUCCGAAACGGUGGAAGUAACUCGCAACUCGUACCCUGUCGAAGAGGUGACCGGUCGUAGCGAAACUUCCUUACUGGACAACGUUCAGACCUAUCUGUCCUCUCACGACGUGACCUUCAAGCUGCCGAUGGACUCCACCGUGAAGGUGAGCGCCAGGAACAUCGACGACGAUCAGCUCACCUUCGACGUGAAGUUCGGCCAGGGUCGUGCCGUCGAAGAGGCUCGCAAAUCGAAGCUGAAGAAGGUCGUCAUCCCGAUCCUGGUGUUCGUCCUCCUCAAGGCUAUGACUCUGAUCCCCUUAGCCAUCGGUGUCCUCGGUUUGAAAGCCUGGAACGCUCUGCAACUGUCGUUCUUCAGCUUCAUCGUCGCCGUCGGAAUGGCGAUCUUCCAGUUGUGCAAGAAAAUAGCUGCCGACGGACACGGCGCCCCUCUUGCCGCCCAUGGACCAUGGGAGUAUCAGGCUCAGUACAGGUCCUUCCAGGACGAGGCUCAACCAUCUCAAUAUUCCGCUCAUGAACUCGCGUAUGCCGGACACGCGCAGUCGUAA